GUGGGUAGCGGCGCCGGGAGGGACUGCGAUCGUUCGUUUGCCCGCGCACGUUGCAAGUAAGCAUUUGUCAGUGCUGCGCGAAGAGCGAGUGUACGUCUUUCGUGUUAUCGUUUAGGUGACUGCAACUGUCACCCACGAGACUACACCCGGUACCAAAAUGUCAAAUCGAGCAUGGGUAACGCUGGCCACAAACGACUCGUACGGCCUCGGCGCCCUGGUGGUGGCGCACUCUCUGCGUCGCUCCGGAUCAGUGUACCCUGCUGUGGUGCUCAUCACCCCCUCUGUCACUGAGGCUAUGAGGGAACGCCUUCGCGCAGUAUUUGCUGAGGUGGUGGUAGUAGACGUGCUGGACUCAAAGGACGCCGCUCACCUCGCGUUACUGCAGCGGCCGGAGCUCGGUAUCACCUUCACGAAGAUCCACUGCUGGAACCUCACCCAAUAUGAGAAGUGCGUCUUUUUGGACGCCGAUACGCUGAUCAUCCAAAAUUGCGACGAGCUGUUCGAGCGUGAAGAGCUGUCAGCUGCACCCGACGUCGGCUGGCCCGACUGCUUCAACUCCGGCGUGUUCGUGUUCAGCCCCUCGGUCGACACCUUCAGUAAUCUCAUUACAUUCGCCUCGGAGCGUGGCAGUUUUGACGGUGGAGAUCAGGGUUUACUAAACUCAUACUUCUCUGAUUGGGCACGAGGAGACAUCAACAAGCAUCUGCCAUUCCUCUACAAUGUCACAUCAGCUGCCUUCUAUUCCUACAUACCCGCCUUGAAACAUUACGGCCAAAAUUUAAAGAUAAUCCACUUCAUUGGUGCCGCAAAACCGUGGCUGCAGCAGUUCAACUGGCAGUCGCGCUCUGUAGAUGCUCCAGAACAUUUGCGCGGAUUUUUGCAACUGUGGUGGGACCUAUUUGUUGGUCAGGUCCAUUCACAGCUAGACACAGCCAUGGGUGAUGUCGCAGAAGAACAUCUGGUGACUUUUCAAGAAGAAACAGAUUAUAGUGAACCGAAUGUGGACCAUAUUUACUACGAACCAACGUUAGAUUCAGACUCUGAAUUUCCAUGGCAUCAUCCUGAUAAUCAAGUCCCAGAUAUGGAAAUUAAUGUGCCAGAGAUAAACUUGAGUGAGUUUCAUAACCCAUGGGAUAUUUACAGAGGAAAUAUUCCAGCAAGUAAAGAGAAUUUAAAACAAAACGACAAACCAUCUGAUAAUUAUCAUGAAAUAAGAAAACUGGCGUGGGAUCGCAAUCAGUCACAUCAAACGCAAAGUCAUCAUUACGAGCAUACGUAUUGUAGUAACGAGCACAAUGAUAAUCAAACUUCUGUUUAUAAAGAUGUUAGGCAAUCUAAUAAUGAAAGUAGUCAAACGAAUGCAUAUAUACCAUAUCAUAUACAAAGUGAUCAUUAUCAUCAACAUCAACAACAAGAAACGAAUCACCAACAUCAUGCACAAAACCAUCACAAUAUACCACAAUAUCAUAACGAAAACACAUCCACAGCACAUCAAAGCCACCACAGUCAACAUAUACAAGAACACAACUAUUCAGAGCCACAUACUCAUGAAUAUCACUACAAUAACUUUACUAUACCUGAAGACAGAAACCCUAUUUAUGAUCAGUCCCAAAGUAACAAAUCUCCAGAUGAUAGUCAUGUUUGUUAUUCACAUAGUCUUCAGGAACACGAAAACCACGUAGGUAAGAAAUUAAACAGUUCUUUUUCACAUUUAAAACAACCAAAUAGACCUCAAGUAUACAGUGUAAUGAUGGACCAUAUUAGAGUAAAUCCUCAUGUAUCAGAAGAAAAAGUGAAUGGAUAUGCAUCCGAUGAUGAUAGUGAUAUUUAUGAGGAAAUAACGCCACGGCAUCCAUACGAUGGCUUUUACUUAAGGCACAGAAUGACUAUUGACUCACGUGGACGUAAAAUAUGUAGUCACGAAAUACCUUUACGACCACCUUCUCCACUGUCAGAAAGUUCAGACGAGUUUGAAGACGCAAUGGAAACACUCUCUGAGGAAAUUACCGAUAAGACAAUAAAUGGGGUAAACAUCCAAACUGGCGUAGCGGGUAAUUUGGCACGCGUAGUACCGGGAGCGCCUUUGCAACAAGAGGCCGUAGAUGAACUUACCAGGCGACAAGGAUGGGAAGCCGGAAACAUUGAUUACAUGGGUGCAGAUUCUUUUGACAACAUUUGGGCAAAGAUAUCACAGACACUAAGUCAACCUCCAAGUUCCGAACAGGCUGAACCACCUAAAGAUGAAGCUCAACCAGAAGCUGCGGCGGAACCUCCAAGCGCACCUACACCAGUUGAAACAGUCGUUGAACCUGCUUCCGAAACAGCUCCAGCAGCACCAGCUUCUGAACCGGCAGUUGUAACUCCUGAAAAUACAGCCGAAGCUCCCAAACAAGAAGUUGAGGCUGAGAAGCAAGCCCCUAGUGAACCAGCUUCUGUUGAAGUUCCUGCACCAGUAGAAUCUGACACAGCUGAAAAACCUUCCGAUACACCCGCUGCACAGUCAGCGGAAGAUGCUGCAGUUGUGGAAUCUGCUCCAGUUGAAGUAGCGGCGCCAGCUUCUGCACCUGCGUCUGAAGCCACUGAAGCUUCCACGCCAGCACCUGAAGCGACUGAAGCUCCCACGACCGCACCUGAAGCUCCUACACCCGAAGCUCCCACGCCCGCACCUGAAGCCACUGAAGCUCCCACGCCCGCACCUGAAGCCUCUGAAGCUCCUACGCCUGCGCCUGAAGUCACUAAAGCUCCCGCACCUGCACCCGAAGUCACCGAAGCUCCCGCACCUGCACCAGAAGUCACUGAAACUCCAGGUAAACCAGAGGAAAUUAUUCCUGUUCCAGUUGAAGCAGCGACUGUUGAUAUCGCUGCCUCAGCCCCGGCAGACGUGAGUGAAAAGACUGAACCAGAAGCGGCUGAAAUACCAGUAACUGCCUUGGAAGCAUUAAAAAUUGAUGAAGCGCCAUCAGCAGCAGAAGUCGCGGUUACGAAAGAGCAGGCAGCACCAGAGCCCGUGUCUUCUGCUCCAGAAUCUACACCUGCACCAUCAGAGGAACCGAAACCUGCGGAAGCGGGAAAGCUAGAGGCCUCCUCAGACAGCCCACCUCUAGCUAACACUCCGUCCAAGGAAGAGAUUCCUGUGGCACCCGCAGCCAAAUCGGAGGAGCGGCACAAGCUGGGGAAGCUGCUGCUGCCGCCGCCGGCCGCGGACGCCGCGCUCACGCCGGACAGCGAGGCGGAGGACGCGGCCGCGCUGGCGCAGUCCAUCAUCGCCGGGGAGCUCCGCACUCCCACUGUCACCGAGCCCACGCCGCCCGUGCUGGCGUCGCCCCCCGCCCCGCCCGCAGACUCUCGCCUCUCCGUCCAGGAGCCCGCGGUGCCCACACCUCCCAUCGCCGUUUCGCUCUCGCAAAUCGGCAUCAAGGCAAAACCGACCACCGCCGCUCAGAUCGAAUCCUCAGUGAAACCUGACUCGGCGCCUGCUACUCCCGACUCGCCCAAAACUGCUGACCCUCCUAAAAAGAAGAUAAUCAAGAAGGUAGUCAAAAAGGACAAGGAGGGUGCAUCAGGCAGCGAGGCGCCCGUACCGCCGCCGCGGAAGAAGGAAAAGAAGCCCAAAGAGAAAUGAGCGCCGCGUCCAGCUCCCGAAUAGUUCCUCUGUGCCAUAACUGUAGCCUCACCUUAUGUUUCUGUUUAAUUUUUUUUUAUCGCUUUAGUGUAUGUGUAACCGUUUUUAUAUUUUAUACUAUUGAUUAAUUAAUGAUAUUAAUACUCGCAUUCACACGUCCAUGUUGUCGAAAUAUAAUUAUUGUAUUUGUAAUUUUAUAUUUUUCGUAACGACGUGUUAUUUUAAACAGUGAUUUGUAUUUGGUUUACUGAAUACUUAUUGAUAUAUUAUCCUAUAUGUUUACCAAAGCAUGACACGUAUUUAUUAAGAACGAAGUGUUAUUCAAAUAUUUGUAUUAAAAGUAUAUUUUGAAUUAAAA